AUGUGGAUUGAGACAAGGAAUGUCGCCCUCAAGGUCUUCGCAGUAGCCACAGAAAGUGAAGCCAUACUCAGGGAUGUUUUCAGAGACUUUGAGGUUAUCAUGAAGUUGACAGGAAGAUCUGGGGAGUGGAAUGCACACAUCAUCACCUUGAUCAGUAGGGAUGGCCAUGGUGCCAACCAUGAACAGAGCAGUCGCGGUGAAGAUGGAGAGGAACUUCACGCUUGCGGUCAGAAAGAAGUCUUAACGGACGCGUGGGAAGAGAGAUUUGAGCUCAAGAGAUCAACUGAAGUGUGGCUUAAAAAAUUUCCUAUCUGGUUGUGGGCGAGAAGGGCACCUUUAUAUAACUUCACGAAAAUCGUCUUAGAUAUCAAAAUCAGGGAGCACCUGCCUUCCCAUGAUAAAGUGAAAUGCUCGAUCGGCGAAGAGAAAGCCAUCAACAUGUAA